AUGUUGUGUCCUUCGCUGACUUGUCGUAGGUUGAUGGACAAUCUCCGCGUCCUUGACGAGAUCGCCACUGCGAAUGGUGGCAAUAGGGCAUUUGGUCUUCCUGGUUUUGAUGCAUCUCGAGACUUCGUCUUGUCCAAGCUCUCAAGCUCUACCAGUUGGACAUCCUGGACGCAAGAUUUUCCAGCUCUAUACAAUGAUGUUGUUUCGAUCACGUUCAGGGUCGGAGAGACAGACUACUAUGUGUUCGGACCAACGUACUCACCAAGCACCUCUGAGGAGGGCGUCACAGCGCCUCUUGUCCUAGGGCCGAAUGGUACCGAUGCGUGCACUGUUGAUGGGUAUUCAGGCUUUGAUGUUCAGGACAAGAUGGUUCUGGUUCAGCGAGGCACCUGUCCUGACAACACAACUAUUGCUGGUCGGAUCAGAGCGGCAGCCGCAGCAGGAGCGCAGAAUGUCAUAUUGUACAACAACGUGCCAACAAAAGUCACCGGUGGUACUCUCUCAGCCCCAGAUCCGGAAGGCUAUGUAUCUAGCGGAUUCAUUAACCAGGACGAUGGCGAAGCACUGAAAGCGCGAUUAGAAGCCGGGGAGGAGAUUGAGGCCUACUUUCAGCACACCCAGACCAUUGAGGAGAAGAUUACGCAGAACGUCUUCGCCGAGUCUAUCGGUGGCGACCCCCAAAAUGUGAUCAUGAUGGGUGCUCAUCUCGACUCGGUCAAAGCUGGUGCCGGGAUAAAUGAUGACGGCAGUGGAACGACACUGCUUCUGGAGAUCUUUGACGGUCUGCAGAGCGAAAAGAACAUUCGCAACAAGAUCCGCCUUGCGUGGUGGGGAGCAGAAGAGAAUGGUCUCGUGGGCUCGAAGUUCUACACUGCAAGCAUCAAUAACACCGAGGACGCCGACAAUCUGCUUCUCUACCUCAACUUCGACAUGGUCUCCCGUGGAUACUAUGGUGUCUUCGAUGGCGAUGGAGAUACGCAUGGUCUCGCUGGUGCUCCAGGCUCUGAUGUUAUUGAAAAACUUUUCGUCGCCUACUUCACCAGCAAAGGCAUUAAUGUAACCGCAGCAGUGUUCACUGGUGGAAGCGACUACGCUUCAUUCAUGUCGACACUAGACAAGCCAGUGGGAGGACUACAUACCGGCACUGGAGUGGCUCAAGACGAUUGCUAUCACCAAUCUUGUGAUGUGUACAACAACACGAAUCCUGGUCAGCUCACCACAAACGCUAAAGCUACCGCCCAUGUGCUUGCGAUUCUGGCUACUAAAGGGCAUGAGAUCAUUCCGAAGGGACAGACGAGAGCUGUGAGAGAUCUCUCAUUCGAUGAGAGAGCAUUGGGUACUGUUGACGAUACCGAACUAUUCCCAUGGACGCUGGUUGAUGGCGAGAGACAUUUGUGUGGUCACGACCUCUGA